GAAGAGGAACCUGCUAGCUAGCUAGCUAGCGCCUUUAGCAAAUAUCUGCUUGUAGCAUUUUGAGAAUGGCGCCUUUAGACCUGGAUAAGUAUGUCGAGAUAGCAAGACACUGCAAAUAUCUACCGGAAAAUGAUCUAAAGAGAUUAUGUGACUACGUGUGUGAUUUACUGCUGGAGGAGUCAAACGUUCAGCCAGUCACUACUCCAGUUACUGUGUGUGGAGACAUCCAUGGUCAGUUUUAUGAUCUUUGCGAGCUCUUCAGAACUGGAGGCCAAGUCCCAGACACAAAUUACAUUUUCAUGGGAGAUUUCGUAGACCGAGGAUAUUAUAGCUUGGAGACAUUUACACACCUGCUAGCUUUAAAAGCAAAGUGGCCGGACCGUAUCACACUCCUACGAGGAAACCACGAGAGCAGACAGAUAACACAAGUGUACGGCUUUUACGAUGAGUGCCAAACAAAAUAUGGGAACGCAAAUGCCUGGCGGUAUUGCACAAAAGUGUUUGACAUGCUAACUGUGGCAGCUUUGAUAGACGAGCAGGUCCUGUGCGUCCACGGCGGUCUUUCACCCGACAUCAAGACUUUGGACCAAAUCCGUACCAUCGAACGCAACCAAGAGAUUCCCCACAAGGGGGCCUUCUGCGACCUGGUGUGGUCGGAUCCUGAGGACGUAGACACCUGGGCCAUCAGUCCACGAGGUGCAGGCUGGCUGUUUGGCUCCAAGGUCACUAAUGAGUUUGUUCACAUCAACAACCUGAAGCUCAUCUGCCGCGCUCACCAGCUGGUGCACGAAGGCUACAAGUUCAUGUUCGACGAGAAGCUGGUGACGGUGUGGUCAGCGCCCAACUACUGCUACCGCUGCGGGAACAUCGCCUCCAUCAUGGUGUUCAAAGACGUGAACAGACGAGAGCCCAAGCUGUUCCGCGCCGUGCCCGACUCAGAGCGUGUCAUACCUCCCCGAACAACCACCCCCUACUUCCUCUAAUGACAAGACCCUCUGACUCUCUCUCACUUUCUCUGUCUCUCUCUCUCUUUUCCUCUAUCUUUUGUCAAACUUAUUUAUAUGCAACAUCUUUUCAGAGUCACAGGUGUUAAGAUCCCUCUCAGGUCCACAGCAUCUUGAGGGUUUCUUCCAAAGCUUCUCGUCUGUUUGCACCACCCUCACUUUGUUCCGUUGUAACAAAAAAGAUCUUCUUCUACCCCCCCGAUGAGGAAAUCAUUUCUUCAUAUUUUAAAUGAUAAGGAAAAAUGUUUAAUUUCGAUGUCAGACAUAAGUGAAGCAUAUUAAUUACCUUUUAAAAGUGGGUGCUAAUUGCCAAUAAUCCAUGUUCAAAUAAAGCGAUAUGAAUUUUUCUCUCUUUUAAGCCUCAGUA